AUGUCCGGUAUCAACCCUGUAGCGAAUUGGCCUACUGGAUCGCGUACCCAAGAAUGGGAGAUUGAACCAUUGGGGCAUGGUUAUACCAUUCGCAACGUCGGGACUGGCACCUAUUUGUCUGUCGUGGCAAUCGAAAACGCCGCACCUAUCUUUGCUACUCAUUUCCCCGUUGCGUGGUAUUUCAGGCGGGUAUACGUUCAGGAAGAAGUCGACCCUUGCUACGAUUUAGUGGCACGUGUUCCUCCGACACGCACGCGCAGAAUAUGUUGGCCGCAUACGCCGUUCAAGUUUGAGCUUGCACUUGCGGAUACAGCAGCCGAAGAGAGACGAAGAAGGGCCAUGGACUACGAAGCACUGAGGUUGUACAAGCAACGUUGCAGAAGAUGGAGAGUCGUACUUCGUGCCACGUUCAGGGAAGAAUCUAUGACCCGAAGAUGUAGGGAAACGAGGAUUAGACUCGGAGAUCGGGAACCGGCGAGGGCAUGUCGACCGGCCUGUCCACCUGUCACACGCCCUGCUGCUCCAAGAAGAAAAGAGGCAGAAGGAGUACCAGUCUACGUGGUAGCGCCCUCAUCGACCACAGAGCCGGGUGAACCCGCUGUUCCGCGCGAUACUGCGCUAGCGGGGAUCCCCGCCACCACGACCGGUCAUCCCUCAGUGACUGAGCUCGAGUAUGGAUCCAUGGAACGCGGGACUACUGUGCCCACAGAACCCCAAGGUGCUUCACCAAGUGUAACUGCCUACACUCCCACUGUUGGGCCAUCAGGAAUUGAGACGGACGGCCGGUCAUUGCGACGUCGGCCCACGCUUGGACGUCGUUUGCGCAAAUUCCUGCGGGUGUAA